AUGCUUCUUUAUAAUGAAGAAGCAAAAAAUUUAGAUGUUAAUGAUAAGCUUCUCCUACCGAAUUCAACACGUUCACUUAAAAGACGUACAAGUUUACUUGAGAAGAGUAGAGAUUGGGCACGACGUCUUAUAGCUCUUCAUCGACCACGUCGUAAUACAGUUUCAAAUGAAAAAAUUCGUGAAACAUGUUAUGAAUUAAAUAAAAAUCAAGAAACAAAAAAAAACUCUUCACAUGAAUUCUUACAUAAUUAUCAAAAGAGUUUUGAUGAAGAUGGUUAUUUAUCUCCAAUGGAGAUAAAAGAUAAAAUUGAUAAUAUUACUCAAGAGAACACACAUCAUCAUCAUCAUCAAUCUCAUUCAAAAUUAUCUACAAAUUCUGAACAUUUUCUUCUUAAUUCUAAUAGUAGUUCUAAUGUUUCACAACGUAUCUAUCGUUAUCAUGAUCCAAAUAUUCAAACAUUGUCAUCUCAAUCAACAUAUCAACAACAAAAACAAUUACCAAAAACAUCAUUUGCUUCGGAAUUUCAAAAAUCACUUUCAAUUUUUGAUUAUAUUGAUUUUGAUGUUUCAAAAGAAACAAUUAAACAACAUGAUGAUGAAGAUUCUCUUGAAAGUUUAAAAUAUCUAUUUAAUGAUGAUCAUAAAAAACAACACGGAAAUAUUUCUCGUCGUAUUUUACGUCGAUCAACAAAUGCAUCAUCAAUAUCAACUGAUUCAGGUUAUAGUGAUAUACCAAUGUUAUCAUCAAAAUUUAUUCCUGUACAUUUAAUAUCAUGUACAUUAAUACCGGUGAAUGUAACAACACCCGAUUCAACAAAUAUUUGUUGUAUACCAUGUACAUGUCGUCUAUCAUCAUCAACAUGUUUGUUGAAUCAACAAGAACGAAAAUAUUCUUCCAAUUCAUGUCGUUCUCAUUUUUCUCAUCAACCAUUAUCAAAUAUAGAUAAUAAAACUGAGAAUGUUAUUAAUAAUAUAUGUUCAUGUAAUAAUAAGUAUUAUUCAACGAUGGCAAUAUGUUCAUCAUUAUCUGUACCAUUGACUAUGCCAAGUAAAUCUGUAACAAAACUUGAUGAUCUUAAAGAAGAAUAUUAUACUAAAGAACAAAAACGACAUUUAAAGAAAAAACAAGCAAGUUUAAUGAGACUCCCUAAUAUCACUGAUGAUUUGAAAUCAAUAUCACGUUGGUAUAGACCAUAUCUAGAAAGAGAAGCAGUAUGCGAUGUCCUUCAACAAGCUGAUUAUGGUGCAUUUAUUCUACGAGAUAGUACAACACAACCUGAUUGUUACGCACUUUCAAUAAAAGUUCCAAAAUUCACACAUGAAUCAAAUAUAGUUCAUUAUCUUAUUGAAAAAACUAUGGUUAAUAAUAGUCCUGUUUAUCGCAUUAAAGGAACUAUAAAACAAUUUCCAACACUUCUAUCACUUUUAAUACAUCACUCAGUUAUGCCAGAAAUUUUACCGAUAACACUUAAUCUUAAUGAAUCAAUUACUGUUUGA